GAUGAGGAGCACGGGGUGGGCGUGGCCUCUGAAAAGCUAUAAAGUGUGAGAGCAGGUCCAAAACCUGCUGCCAGCUCAGGACGGGAUCAUUUGGCUCUGGACGAGCAGAACCUUCCGGGUUUUGAAACUGACACAUCGAAGCGGGUGAAACCCGAACCAAACCUUUUGGACCGAUAAAAUCCGAGGAGACACCAUGGCUAUGAUCCGCUCGCAGUGAGCCAAACUCGGGGAGAUGUUGGAGAAAAGGUCCGCGAAUCCGAACUUGGAGGACAAACGACGCGGGAAGGAAGCCUUCACCCUGCGGUACCGCUGCGGCCCGCUGAUCGGCAGCGGAGGCUUCGGUUCCGUGUUUUCGGGUCACAGACUCUCAGACGGACUUCCGGUCGCCAUCAAGCAGAUCUCCCGGGAUCGGGUCCAGCAGUGGGCCAGACUGCCCGGAGAGCUCGGGCCGGUUCCCAUGGAGAUCGCCCUGCUGCAGCGGCUCUGUGAGGUCGGAGGUCACGGUGGCGUGAUCCGGAUGCUGGACUGGUUCGAGGCGGAGGGGCGGGGCUUCCUGCUUGUGAUGGAACGGCCGCCGCAGUGCCGGGAUCUGUUCGACUUCAUCACGGAGCGCGGCGCGUUGCCCGAACGCCUCGCUCUCAGGUUCUUCAGGCAGACGGUGGAGGCGCUGCGGUUCGUUCACGCGCACGGCGUCGUGCACAGAGACGUGAAAGACGAGAACGUCCUGGUGGACACGCGGACGCUGGAGGUCAAGGUCAUCGACUUCGGCUCCGGCGCGCUGCUGAAGGACGCCCCGUACGACGAGUUCGAAGGUACGCGGGUCUACAGCCCACCUGAGUGGAUCCAGUCGCGGUCGUACCGCGCCGAGCCGCUCACCGUCUGGUCGCUUGGCGUUCUGCUCUUUGACAUGGUGUGCGGCGACAUUCCGUUCGAGCGCGACCAGGAGAUUGUCGAUGCCACGCCCUUCUUCACUCGCCGCGUCUCUAAAGAAUGUCAGGCUCUGAUUGGCUGGUGUUUGUCCCUGCGGCCGGAGGACCGCCCCUCGCUGGAGCAGAUCCUGACGCACCCCUGGAUGGAGGUGGGGGAGGAAGAGGACGAGGAAGAGGAGCGUAGCUCGCUGCCCAGCGCCUCGCUGUGAACCGGGUCGGAACGGAGCAGGAAGUAAAGUCACUUUACCUUCGCUGAGACGCUCCUCAUCACUGAUGAUGAGUCUUUAUUUAUGGAUUAUUAUUUCAUCAGUUCCUGCUUCUCUUCCUCACCGCUUCAGGUGAGGAAGAGUGAUGAAGAGGAGGAAAGCUGAACUGACAGAUUUUUGCUUUUUUUUUUUUUUGUCUCAUUAAAACUGAUUUACGUUUCGCUGAUUUCUGGACGUCGGUGUCGCUCGGUAAAUACAUGUGUAUUCCUUCAAAGUGGCUCCGCUGCCACUUGGUUCUGUUUAUUUACAUUAAAUAACAAGUUCUGGGUCAGAACCAAGAUCCAUGUUUGAAUAAAAACAUUUUCAGA